AUGGACGCCUUUGAUUCCCUCCUCAAGGAAUUAGCGACAUUGCCUCCACCCGGAGUCUCAGGAAACCGUAUCAAGAAAUUGGUAGAGAUAGCUUUAGCGAAUGUGGACAAAGAAAGUAAAAUAGUUGCAGCUCUCUAUUCUAGUUGUAAGGCCACGCCCACUCCCAACAAGCUAGGCACGUUGUAUGUUGUGGAUGCCAUUGCUAGAAGAUUCAAAGACGAGGCAUUGGCUCAGGGCCAGAGUAUCGAUGCGGAUGCCGCGGACGGCACAUAUGCCGCCGCCGUAAACAAGAUCAGCGAGUUGAUCCAAAGUAUAGUCGAUGAUGCAAUGCAGUAUCAACUAAACCCAUCGAUACAUGCAAAAAUUGCAAAGUUGAUUGAUAUUUGGGAAAGGCAUCCCACCUUUCCCAAAGAGAUUAUUGAUGAGAUGAAAAAGAAGCAUUUUAGGUCAACAACUCCUCCCGGAACGCCUCCGAAAACAAGUGUUGAACCAACAAAGCCAGAGGGUAAUGACUCGUCUAGUAUUUUGCUGGCAUUGACCUCCUUAGCAACUGCAGCGCCAGCUGCAGUUGUUACCAGUAACAACAACACCAACAGUGACAACCCUGUACCUGAUAACCAGCAGGAAAUAUUCAAUAUGUUACAGCGGAUGCAACAUGUCGAUAGGCCUAGAGAAAAUACAAGAAAAAGAGCGCGCUCUAGAUCUCCUGUGGGGGCACAUGGGUCACAUGGAGCAGCACCAUCACAUGGAGCAGCACAUGGAGCAGCUCACGGUGUUCCACAUGUGGUCUCCUCUCAUGCCGCUCCCUCGGUCUAUGCGCUUCAGCAGAAUUUGCACCAUUUGAAACAGCAGCAGCAGCAGCAGCAGCAGCAGCAGCAGCAAGUUGCAAAGCAUUCUCCUACUGUUGCUCAAGUCCCUGUCGGUAUACCUGUUGCUCAAGUCCCUGUAGGCGCACCCACACCACUGCUUGGUGGCAGUGGUGUUGGUGCUGAUUUGAAUCUACCAGGCACCCCUCACUAUAGACCCCGCAACAUCAGCUUUGACCCUAACCUUCCCCAAAAUAGUAUAAAAGUCCUUUCUAGAACAUUGUUUUUCGGAGGGAUCCCUAGAAACAUGGACCAGAGAGGUUUAACCCAAGCAUUGCGCCCAUUCGCCGAUGUUCAAUCAGUAGUACUCAACACAGACAAAAAGAUUGCGUUUGUAAAAGUGUACUCGAGAAAAGAGGCAGAGCAAGUGAUUACGUCUUUUAAUAAGGACAACUCUUUACCAUUAAGGACUCGAUGGGCAGUAGGGUUUGGGCCAAGAGACUGUUGUAAUUACCAAAACGGAGUAUCCAUUAUACCCAUUGACCGGCUUACUGAUGCAGAUAGAAAAUGGUUUGUAGAUGCGCAAUGGGGUGGGACUGGAGGCCAGCCUAUGGUUAGCGGAAUGGUCGUGGAUGAGCCGGAUAUUGAGAUUGGUGCAGGUAUUUCUUCCAAGGCCAUGUCCAAGAAAAUGCCUACCAACUCUGCAAGAAAUGGACCCAAGUCAAACAGGCCAGGGGAACCCGAUGAGAGAUAUGUGAAAACAGUACUACCACCACAACAACAGCAACCUCCUCAACCUUUCUAUCAACAGCCCUACUAUGCAAACCAAGUACAGCACUUCCCACAACAGUCUCCUGCAACCUUCCCAAUGCAAAUGCAGCAGCCCCAGCAGCAGCCCCACCAACAGCCCCACCAACAGCCCCACCAGCCCUCUUUUAGUACCGAACAGUUUGAUUUUACAAGUUUUAUGAUGAACGCAAUGCAACAACAGCAACAGCAGUAA